GCAGCUAUAAAGUGCAGGAUACGAAUAUUAGGUUAGACUUUAAGCAGAAGAAGAAGACGGUUGCUGCUCUGCAUAUUUCUCCACGUCGGAACCCUAAUCCGGCCGAGCUGUCACUCAAUCAUGGGUAUCUCACGGGAUUCGAUGCACAAGAGGCGUGCAACUGGAGGAAAGAAGAAGGCGUGGAGGAAGAAGCGAAAGUAUGAGCUCGGAAGGCAACCGGCUAACACAAAGUUGUCGAGCAACAAGACAGUGAGAAGGGUGAGAGUUCGGGGAGGCAAUGUGAAGUGGCGUGCCUUGAGGUUGGAUACAGGAAACUAUUCUUGGGGUAGUGAAGCUGUAACCCGAAAGACCCGUAUUCUGGAUGUGGUUUACAAUGCAUCAAACAAUGAGCUGGUCAGAACACAAACUCUGGUCAAGGGUGCUAUUGUUCAAGUUGAUGCUGCACCAUUCAAGCAGUGGUACCUACAGCACUAUGGAGUUGAAAUCGGUCGCAAGAAGAAGGCUGCUGCCAAGAAGGAAGGGGAGGAAAUCACUGAGGCUGCUGCUACUGAGGAGGUAAAGAAAAGCAACCAUGUUCAGAGAAAACUAGAGAAACGUCAGCAGGACCGAAAGAUCGACGCACAUAUUGAAGAACAAUUUGGUGGUGGUCGUCUGUUGGCAGCAAUUGCCUCUCGUCCUGGCCAGUGCGGCCGAUGUGACGGGUACGUGUUUUACACCUGAAUUUUUCUAGGCUAU